GAAUUUGAGUCUCUUUGCAUGAAUGACUCUAAAUCUAUCUCAGAUUACUUUGAUUAGGUACAAACCAUUGUUAACCAAAUACAGGUUAAUGGUGAAAAGCUUGAUGAUCAACAAAUAGUAGAGAAAAUUAUGUGCUCUUUAAGUGCAAGAUUCGACUAUGCUGUUGCAGCAAUUGAAGAAGGAAAGGAUAAUUGUUCUUCUCCUUGGUCUCCUCCUCAGUUAGUACGUGGGAGGGAAAGCUUGAAUCAAAUUAAGCCAACUCCUUGCAAAAGACGAAUUCUGGCUAAGAAACCUCACCACUUACAAGCUCUUUCUCAUCCAGGAAUUCUACAGCAGCCAUUAUGUGAUAAUAAUCAGAGCUCUGUCUUGCUUGAGUUCAAGCAGAGCUUUCUGAUUGGUCAGCAUGCUUCUGAUGAUCCUUCUGCUUAUCCAAAUGCUGCAGCUUGGAAAUCUGAAGGAGAUGGUAGGUACUGCUGCUCAUGGGAUGUCGGAGAGUGUGACAAGGACACUGGCCAUGUGAUCAGCCUUAACCUUGGCAGCAGCCGUCUCUUGGUUCUAUCAACUUCAGUAGCACCUUCUUCCGCCUUGGGCAUCUUCAAGGGCUUGAUCUCUCUGAUAAUGAUUUCAAUUACUCUAUAUCACUUCUGGAGUUGUCCAGCUUUUGAGUCUAAGAAGUCUACACCACCCCUUUUCCAGAUGCUCCGGCCAAAUCCCAUUGAAGCUCUUACUUAGAACUGUCCAAACUGGCUGUCCAUGAUCUCUCACAAAAUCCAUUGAAGCACCAGUAACCUGACCUGGCUUCAGAUACAGGGGUGAGAAGCAUUUCCUUGUUGCAAUACAAGCUGGUUGUAGCAUUCCUGGUGAAUGGUGAUUUCCCCUGUCAAUUUGGUGCACUUUCAGACUCAAUCACUCUUGCAUGUCAUUGGAGAACCUUAAUAUUUUUUUGUUCUUCCUCAAUAUUUUGUUUUUAGAAAGAUUUUAACUAAAAGUAUCUUGCAAUUUCAUUUGAUUUUUUUUUUUAAAUCCUCUGCAGACCCCUAAUAAUAGG